AUGGGUUUCGUGGACACAGUUAAGACGCAGGCGACGGGGACGAAGUUGUUGUUCAACGUGCUCUUCCAUGGCUUCCACAUCGGCCUCUUCGUUUUAGGAUGGAAAAAACAACAAGAUGAUCCAAGACUUGCAGGCUUGAACAUGUUAACAUUCUCAGUCUGGAUAUCUCGUGGUGCUGGUCUUGUUUUGUCGGUGGAUGGCGCGAUGAUCUUGUUACCAAUGUGCCGUAACUUGAUGAGAUGGAUCAGGCCGAAGAUAAAGUUUCUGCCUCUCGAUGAGUCGAUCUGGUUCCACAGACAGGUGGCUUACUCCAUGCUGUUCUACACGUGUCUCCACACCCUUGCUCACUAUGUCAACUUCUUCAAUGUGGAGAAGACUCAGAUUCGACCAGUUACGGCUUUACAGAUCCAUUACACUGAAGCUGGUGGUAUAACUGGUCACAUGAUGCUGCUUUGCAUGCUGCUCAUGUACACCACCGCUCAUGCCAAGAUCCGUCAACAGUCAUUCGAGACCUUUUGGUACACUCACCAUCUUUUCAUCCCCUUCAUGCUCGGUCUUUACACCCACGCCACUGGCUGCUUCGUUCGUGAUUCUACGCUACCACUCUCACCAUUCGCUGGAGAACAAUUCUGGGUUCACUGCAUUGGUUAUGAGGGAUGGCGCUGGGAGCUGUGGGGAGGUGGACUUUAUUUGAUGGAGCGACUUUAUCGUGAAAUCAGAUCUAGACGCGAUACUAAAAUCGUGAAAGUCGUUCGUCAUCCAUAUGAUGCUAUGGAGAUCCAAUUUGUAAAGCCGUCGAUGAAGUACAAGGCGGGUCAAUGGCUCUUCCUGCAAGUACCCUCCGUGUCCAAGCAACAAUGGCAUCCAUUUACCAUCACUUCUUGCCCAUUCGAUCCCUAUAUCUCGGUUCACGUCCGUCAAGUCGGAGACUUCACCCGAGCACUUGGUGAUGCUUUGGGAGCCGGACCUGCUCAAUCCAAACUCUAUGACAACGUUGACCCGAUGGGCAUGUACGAAGUCGCUCUUCAAAACGGACAGACUAUGCCAGAACUCAAGAUCGACGGUCCAUAUGGAGCUCCCGCCGAAGACGUCUUCGACAAUGAAAUUGCUGUUCUCAUCGGAACUGGUAUCGGUGUUACUCCUUGGGCUGCUAUUCUCAAGAACAUCUGGCACAUGCGCAAUAGCCCCAACCCACCCACUCGUCUCCGCCGUGUCGAAUUCAUCUGGGUCUGCAAAGACACUACUUCCUUCGAAUGGUUCCAAGUCCUGCUCUCAUCUCUUGAAGCACAAAGUCAAGAAGCUGCUAACAGAGGGGCAAACAACGGGAAUGAGUUCUUGAAGAUCCACACUUAUCUCACUCAAAAGUUGGAUCUCGAUACCACACAGAACAUUGUCUUGAACAGUGUCGGUUCCACAUUAGAUCCUCUCACCGAACUGAAGUCCCGGACAAACUUUGGACGCCCUGACUUCUUACGUUUGUUCCAGGGAAUGAGAGAUGGAAUUUUGGACCGGACGUACAUCAACGGUUUGGAAGGUUCAAUGAGAACGAAUAUCGGUGUUUACUUCUGUGGACCCAAUGUAGCAGCGAGAGAGAUUAAGAAGGCAACCAAGAAGGCCGCAACUCGCGAAGUCAACUUCUCAUUCUGGAAAGAACAUUUCUAG